GCCUGUGUCAAACACGUCUCUGUGACAAUGUUCCUUAGAAGGUGUUUUCAAGGGCAAGCGAGGGAAGACUUCCUUGAAUUAAGCUGGGCCUUGAGUUGGAAUCCUAGGCGUGACUGGGCUGGGAGGAACUGACCCGGCAAAAGAUGGGGGAGGCAAAAGAUGGGGGACUUGUGUCCCGGGCAGAGGCCAGAAGGAUGUUUGAAGGUGAAAUGGCCAGCCUGACUGCCAUCCUGGACACAGGCACUGUGAAAGUGCCCCAGCCCAUCAAGGUCCUGGACGCCUCGGGGGGCGGCAGCGUGCUUGUGAUGGAGCACGUGGACAUGCAGCAUCUGAGCAGUCAUUCUGCGAAGCUUGGGUCCCAGCUGGCAGAUCUACACCUUGACAAUAAGAAGCUUGGAGAGAUGGUCGUGAAGGAGGCUGGCACCGUAGGGCGGGGAAGCGGGCGUGCAGAGCGGCCCUUCGUGGACCAGUUUGGAUUUGAUGUGGUCACUUGCUGUGGAUACCUCCCGCAGGUGAAUGACUGGCAGAAGGACUGGGUCAUGUUCUUCACCCGGCAGCGCAUUCAGCCCCAGAUGGACAUGUUGGAGAAGGGAUCUGGGGACAGGCAGGCUCUGGAGCUCUGGUCCGCUCUGCAGCUGAAGAUCCCGGAGCUGUUCCAGGGCCUGGAGAUCGUCCCGGCCUUGCUGCACGGGGACCUCUGGGGCGGCAAUGUGGCUGAGAACUCCUCCGGGCCCGUCAUCUUUGAUCCGGCUUCUUUCUACGGCCACUCAGAGUAUGAACUGGCGAUAGCUGGAAUGUUCGGGGGCUUCAGCAGCGCCUUCUACUCUGCCUACCAUAGCAAGGUCCCCAAGGCCCCAGGCUUCGAGAGGCGCCUCCAGCUGUACCAGCUCUUCCACUACCUGAACCACUGGAAUCAUUUUGGGUCCGGGUACAGGGGCUCCUCCCUCAACAUCAUGAGAAAUCUCAUCAAGUGAGCUGCUCGAGGGGAGCCCAGUCCUCCCCAGAGCGCCCUGGGGCCCCUAUCACUUUCAGGUUUCUGUGUCAUCGUCAUGAAUUCUUCCCCACCUUCUCGCACAGCUGGAAUGGCUUAGGACCCACCAGCAGCUCCUUCCCAAGCCUGGCUGGUAAAGUGCACCAGGGGACAGGUUCUUGUCCCGAAGCUGCACUGUUAACGAUCAGAGUCGUGGCCUGUGAGGCCUGUGCCCCUGAGCCUCGCUGCUGUUCCAGAGACCUGGGAGAGGCCACAGCCUGGGGAGGGACCCAGUGCGCAGGGAAGCUGUAUGCCAGCUCUGCCUCCCUCAUAUCCAGGGGCGCCUCGUGAUGGGCAGGAUGGGUGUCCGAGGGCCCAGGGGGUGUCCUGCUGGGUGUCCGAGGGCCCAGGGCGCCUCCUGCCUGGGUGUCCGAGGGCCCAGGGCGCCUCCUACCUGGGUGUCCAACGGCCCGGGGGCAUCCUGCCCUGGUGUCUGAGGACAUUCCGUUUCUCUUCACAUUCCCUCCCGGCUGUUUGUGUGCUGCUGGCUGGCUUUGCCAAGCUGGCUGCACUCUGCAGCAUCCCAGGUAAGUGCACAGCACUGCUGGGCCAGCCCCUCUUGAGGCCGCCUGGCCAGAGUUCCCUUGUGGCAUUCCACCUGUAUCUAUUUGCUCAGCAGCCUUUGCAACCCUAACCCAGAGGCACCCGACUAGAUUUCCCUCGCGGCUUUCUACCUGUAUGUGUUUGCUCGGCAGCCUUUGCAACACCUUGUGGCAGCAGACAAGUACAGGUUGUUUUCUGAAUAAAGAAGGCGCAGGUGCA